CACUGACUCGGAGAGCUUGGGAAUUCAAGCAGCCAGCGGCCACAGCCAUGGCUGAGCGCCGCGCCUUCGCCCAGAAAAUAAGCAGGACUGUUGCUGCAGAAGUCAGAAAGCAGAUUGCCGGCCAGUAUGGGGGAUCCCCGCAGCUUCUCAAAAACCUCAACGUGGGUGCCAAUGCUGCCAGUAACACAGUCCCGCUCACAGAAGCCGUGGAGCCGGUGGACUUUGAAGAGUACCUCAUCACGCACCCGCCCAUCAUCGAGUCUGGGCCCCUGCGGGACCUGAUCGAGUUCCCUCCCGAUGACAUCGAGGUGCUGUACACUCCUCGCGAGUGCCGCACGCUGGGCCAGGCCAUGCCGGAGGAGGGUGAUAAUGACACUCACGUCCGUGACUGCGUCCGGUCCUACACUGAAGACUGGGCCGUCGUUAACAGAAAAUACCAUAAGCUAGGCACAGGGUUUAACCCCAACACUCUGGACAAGCAGAAGGAGAGGCAGAAAGGCCUACCCAAGCAGGUGUUUGAGUCGGAUGAAAUGCCAGAUAACAGUAGCUACCAGGACGAUCAGGACGACCUGAAACGGAGGUCCAUGUCCAUCGACGACACCCCUCGGGGCAGCUGGGCCUGCAGCAUCUUCGACCUGAAGAACUCGCUCCCCGACGCUCUGCUGCCCCACCUGCUGGACCGCGCACCCAACGAGGAGAUCGACCGCCACAACGAGGAGCACAGGAAGUCCCACCGCCACCGCGAGCUCUUCGCCCUGCACCCGGCGCUGGACGAGGAGGAACCCAUUGAGCGUCACUGUGUGCCUGAUGUCCCUAAAGAACACUUUGGCCAGAGGCUGCUCGUCAAGUGCCUAUCCUUGAAGUUUGAAAUCGAAAUCGAGCCAAUAUUCGCAAGUUUGGCCUUAUACGAUGUCAAGGAAAAGAAAAAGAUUUCAGAGAACUUUUUCUUUGACCUGAACUCGGAGCAGACAAAGUCCAUGCUGCGACCUCACAUCCCGUCAGCAGCCAUCUCCACCCUGGCUCGCUCCGCCAUCUUCUCCAUCACCUACCCCUCGCAAGAUGUCUUCCUCGUCAUACAGCUGGAGAAGGUGCUGCAACAGGGAGACAUUGGAGAGUGUGCUGAACCGUACAUGGUCUUCAAAGAGUCCGAUGCAGCCAAAAACAAGGAGAAGCUGGAGAAGCUGAGGGGCCAGGCGGAUCAGUUCUGCCAGCGCCUCGGCCGCUAUCGCAUGCCCUUCGCCUGGACCGCCAUCCACCUGAUGAACAUCGUCAACAGCGCCGGCAGUCUGGAGAGGGACACCGAACCAGAGAUGGCACUACCAGAGCGGAAGGGCUCGUGGUCAGAGCGGAGGAACUCGAGCAUUGUGGGCCGUCGGUCGCUGGAGAGGACCACCAGUGGAGACGAGUCCUGCAGCCUGACCAGCUUCCGGCCUGCCACCCUCACGGUCACCAACUUCUUCAAACAGGAGGGGGAUCGUCUGAGUGAUGAAGAUCUGUACAAGUUCCUGGCUGACAUGAGGAGGCCGUCCUCCGUCCUGCGCAGACUGAGGCCCAUCACAGCCCAGCUGAAGAUUGACAUCUCUCCCGCCCCGGAAAACCCCCACUACUGCUUGACCCCCGAGCUGCUACAAUGUAAGCCGUACCCAGACAGUAGGGUCCGACCCACACGGGAGAUCUUGGAGUUCCCAGCCAGGGACGUCUAUGUUCCCAACACCACCUACAGAAACUUGCUGUAUGUUAACCCACAAAGCCUAAACUUUGCCAACCGACAAGGUUCAGCCCGCAACAUCACGGUGAAAGUACAGUUCAUGAACGGGGAAGAUCCCAGCAGUGCCAUGCCGGUGAUCUUUGGCAAAUCCAGUUGUGCUGAGUAUGCCAAGGAAGCUUACACUGCAGUGGUGUAUCACAACAGGUCACCUGACUUCCAUGAUGAAGUAAAGAUCAAGCUUCCAGCGUCGCUGACCGAUCACCACCACAUCCUGUUCACUUUUUACCACGUCAGCUGCCAACAGAAGCAGAACACGCCCUUAGAGACGCCUGUCGGAUACACGUGGAUCCCCAUGCUCCAAAAUGGCCGUCUUAGGACAGGACACUUCUGCCUGCCGGUGUCUCUGGAGAAGCCUCCGCAGUCCUACUCGGUCCUCUCCCCAGAUGUUCCUCUUCCUGGUAUGAAAUGGGUGGAUAACCACAGAGGGGUCUUCAAUGUGGAUGUGGUGUCAGUUUCAACACUCCAUACACAGGACCAGUACCUGGACAAGUUCUUUGCCCUGGUCCACGCCCUGGACGAGCACAUGUUCCCUGUGCGCAUCGGGGACAUGCGCAUCAUGGAGAACAACCUGGAGACGGAGCUGAAGGCCAGCAUCGCCGCCCUCAGCUCCUCACAGCUGGAGCCCAUCGUGCGCUUCCUGCACCUGCUGCUGGACAAGCUGGUGCUGCUGGUGGUGCGGCCGCCCGUCAUCGCCGGCCAGAUAGUGAAUCUUGGCCAGGCCUCUUUUGAAGUAAUGGCUUCCAUUGUGAACCGCCUCCACAAGUAUCUUGAUAGCAGUCAAGAUCAACAUGGGCGCAACUGCCUGCUGUCUUCCUACAUCUAUUAUGUCUUCCGGUUGCCAAAUAUGGACCCCAACUCCCCAUCACCAGGCCCAGGAGGGCUGGGUGGUUCGGUCCACUACGCCACAAUGGCACGAUCCGCUGUGAGGCCUGCCAGCCUCAACCUCAACCGUUCCCGGAGCCUCAGCAACAGCAACCCGGACAUUUCGGGAACGCCCACGUCUCCCGACGACGAGGUCCGGUCCAUCAUCGGAAGCAAGGGCUUAGACCGCUCCAACUCCUGGGUAAACACGAUGGGGUGCAAGAGCGCCCCCUGGGGAUCCAGCCCAGCCUCCGCCUCUGACCCCCUGCAGUUUUCAGCUCAUGAGAGAAACCACCAGCAGCUCAAGGCCAUGGAGCGCAGUGGCAAUCGCAUGUCAUCGCACACUGAGACCGCCAGUUUCUUGCAAACUUUAACAGGACGAUUGCCAACCAAAAAGCUGUUCCAUGAGGAGCUGGCCCUGCAGUGGGUUGUGAGCAGCGGCAGUGUCCGGGAGGGAGCCUUGCAGCAGGCCUGGUUCUUCUUCGAGCUCAUGGUGAAGAGCAUCAUCCACCACCUCUACUUCACUGAGCGCCUGGAGUCUCCCAGGAAGAACCGCUUCCCUGAGCGUUUCAUGGAUGACAUCACUGCCCUGGUCAGCACCAUCGCCGGGGACAUCGUCUCCAGGUUCCAGAAGGACCUGGAGCUGGUGGAGAGGCUCAACACCAGCCUGGCCUUCUUUCUCAACGACCUGCUGUCCGUCAUGGACCGGGGCUUCGUCUUUAGUCUGAUCAAGACCUACUGGAAGCAGGUGUCCACCAAGCUUUACGCGCUGCAGAACCCCACCCUGGAGUCCCUGAGGCUGGACUUCCUACGCAUUGUCUGCAGUCACGAGCACUACGUCACCCUCAACCUGCCCUGCAGCCUUCUCACGCCCCCCGCCUCGCCCUCCCCCUCUGUGUCUUCCGCCACCUCACAGAGCUCUGGGUUCUCCACGCAUGUCCAGGACCAGAAGAUCGCCAACAUGUUUGAGCUGUCCGUGCCCUUCCGGGAGCAGCACUACCUGGCCGGGCUGGUGCUGACCGAGCUGGCCGUCAUUCUGGACCCUGAGGCAGAAGGGAUGUUUGGUUUGCACAAGAAAGUGAUCAGUGUUGUGCACAACCUGCUGUCCAGCCACGACUCGGACCCCCGCUAUGCCGACACGGAGGUGAAGGCCCGAGUUGCCAUGCUCUACCUGCCUCUCAUCGGCAUCGUCAUGGAGACGUUACCUCAGCUGCAUGACUUCACAGAAUCGCACAAUCAGUGGGGUCGUCCCGGAGGGGCUGGAGGUGAAGACCAUGAGGCGGAAGGGAACAGCAUCAUCAGCCAAACUGUAGCCAUGGCCAUUGCUGGGACCCCUGUUCCCCAGAUGUCCCGGCCCAGCAGCUUCCUGCUCAACCCACAGUCCACCCGGCAACACGGCUCCUUCUCGGCCGAGUCCAGUCGCAGCCUGCUCAUCUGCCUGCUCUGGGUCCUGAAGAACGCAGACGAGAUGGUGCUGCAGAAGUGGUUCACCGACCUGUCCGUCUCGCAGCUCAACCGCCUGCUGGACAUGCUCUACCUCUGCGUUUCCUGCUUUGAGUACAAGGGGAAGAAAGCCUUUGAGAGGAUGAACAGCCUGACCUUCAAAAAGUCCAAAGACAUGAAGGCCAAGCUGGAAGAAGCCAUCCUGGGCAGCAUCGGGGCACGGCAGGAGAUGGUGCGGCGGAGCCGGGGCCAGCUGGAGAGGAGCCCGUCAGGCAGUGCCUUCGGGAGCCAGGAGAACUUGCGGUGGAGGAAGGACAUGACACACUGGCGCCAGAACAGCGAAAAGAUGGACAAGAGCCAGAAAACAGUAAGGUUUAAAGAAACUCUACUGCGCAGUGGGAGAAGCCCGGACCCUUUAUUAGUUAGGACCAGAGCAGAGUUGGAGCAUGAAGCACUUAUUGAUGGCAAUCUUGCAACAGAGGCAAAUUUAAUCAUUUUGGACACCCUGGAAAUUAUUGUGCAGACGGUGUCGGUGACCGAGUCGAAGGAGAGCAUUUUGGGCGGGGUGCUGAAAGUGCUUCUACACAGCAUGGCCUGCAACCAGAGCGCCCUGUACCUGCAGCACUGCUUCGCCACACAGAGGGCACUGGUGUCCAAGUUCCCAGAGCUGCUGUUUGAGGAGGAGACGGAGCAGUGCGCUGACCUGUGUCUGCGCCUCCUGAGGAACUGCAGCAGCAGCAUCGGCACCAUCCGCUCCCACGCCAGCGCCUCCCUCUACCUCCUCAUGAGGCAGAACUUUGAGAUCGGCAAUAACUUUGCACGAGUGAAGAUGCAAGUGACCAUGUCCCUCUCGUCACUGGUGGGGACGUCGCAGAACUUCAACGAGGAGUUCCUCCGACGAUCCCUCAAAACCAUCCUCACCUACGCGGAAGAGGACCUGGAGCUGAGGGAAACCACUUUCCCAGAUCAGGUCCAGGACCUCGUGUUCAAUCUUCACAUGAUCCUGUCAGACACGGUGAAAAUGAAGGAGCACCAAGAGGACCCUGAGAUGCUUAUUGAUCUCAUGUACAGGAUCGCCAAAGGGUACCAGACGUCCCCGGACCUGCGUCUGACGUGGCUGCAGAACAUGGCGGGGAAGCACUCGGAGAGGAACAACCAUGCCGAAGCAGCACAGUGCCUGGUGCACAGCGCCGCCCUGGUGGCAGAAUACCUCAGCAUGCUGGAGGACCGCAAGUAUCUCCCAGUGGGCUGCGUCACCUUCCAGAAUAUCUCGUCGAACGUGCUGGAGGAGUCUGCGGUGUCGGACGACGUGGUCUCCCCCGACGAGGAGGGCAUCUGCUCGGGAAAGUACUUCACCGAGGCGGGGCUGGUGGGUCUGCUGGAGCAGGGGGCCGCCUCCUUCUCCAUGGCCGGGAUGUACGAGGCCGUGAACGAGGUGUACAAGGUCCUCAUCCCCAUCCACGAGGCCAACCGCGACGCCAAGAAGCUGGCCACCAUACAUGGUAAACUGCAGGAAGCCUUUGGCAAAAUCGUCCACCAGAGCACUGGCUGGGAGAGAAUGUUUGGAACCUAUUUCCGAGUUGGAUUUUAUGGAUCAAAAUUCGGAGACUUGGACGAGCAAGAAUUUGUGUACAAAGAGCCAGCUAUCACCAAAUUAGCGGAAAUAUCCCACAGGCUAGAGGGAUUUUAUGGGGAAAGGUUUGGAGAAGAUCAAGUUGAAGUAAUUAAGGACUCCAAUCCUGUGGACAAGUGCAAAUUGGACCCAAACAAGGCAUUCAUUCAGAUAACAUAUGUGGAGCCCUACUUUGAUACCUAUGAGAUGAAGGACCGCAUCACUUACUUUGACAAGAACUACAACCUGCGGCGCUUUGUGUACUGCACGCCCUUCACGCUGGACGGCAGGGCGCACGGGGACCUCCACGAGCAGUUCAAGCGCAAGACCAUCCUGACCACCUCCCACGCCUUCCCCUAUAUCAAGACCCGCAUCAACAUCAUUCACAAAGAGGAGAUCAUCUCCAUGCCCAUCGAGGUGGCCAUCGAGGACAUGCAGAAGAAGACCCAGGAGCUGGCUUUCGCCACCCACCAGGACCCAGCAGAUGCCAAGAUGCUGCAGAUGGUGCUGCAGGGCUCCGUGGGCACCACUGUCAACCAGGGACCUCUGGAAGUUGCUCAGGUCUUCCUCUCUGAAAUUCCGAGUGAUCCAAAGCUCUACAGACACCACAAUAAACUACGCCUGUGCUUCAAAGACUUCACAAAGAGGUGUGAGGAUGCCCUCCGCAAAAACAAGAGCCUGAUCGGUCCUGACCAGAAGGAGUACCAGCGGGAGCUGGAGAGGAAUUACCACCGUCUGAAGGAGGCCCUGCAGCCCCUCAUCAACAGGAAAAUCCCCCAGCUCUACAAACCUGUCCUACAGGUCACCUCUCACAGGGAUUCCUUCAGUAGGAUGAGUCUUCGCAAGCUGGAUAUUUGAAGAUGAAGAAGAAACGACUUAUGCUAAUUUAUUCAUGUGUAAAUAUUGGUCUCCUCACAAGCCAGUGUUCUGUCAGUAAAUGGAAAGCUGAAGUGUUAAAGGUUUGGUACGUCAUUCCAAUCUUAUUCGUUUACAGACAACCUGUUACACAAUCAGUGGAUUUUAAAGUGGGUCUUAUUGCGAUGUGUCAAAUAUGGGUUCAAUUACGUGUGCACUUUUUUUUUUUUUUUUUUACUGUGUCCGAAUGCAUUUUACUAGACAAGGUACAACUUGAAAGUUUACUAUUUAAUCAAUGAGAAAAACAAGCAAAAAAUGUAACAUUAUUUAUCAUGUAAUGGUCUAUAAUUUUUAGUUACUGAUUUUGUUAAAUUAGGAAAAUGUUUUAAACAUGUCCCCAAAAAUAGUUUAUGUAGGUUUUGUUUACUUUAAAUAUUUUACUAAAUAAAUAUUUUAAUGUCUGUAACAAAUCCAUUUUGAUUGCUGUCCUCUGACACAAUUAACUUAUAACCUGUAUGCUGGGGUUUAAUGCGAGCAGAAAAUCGCCUACACAAGCAGGACAAAGCUAUUGAAGACCGACAUACAGGAGCCACCAUUUUAAUCACAUCUGAAGGCACAAGUCCCAUCACACCGGCCAGUGAGUCAUUGGAUUAUCCUCCUUUUGGGGACCAGUGAAAAUGGUUCAGCUGAUCUGAAUUGUACCUUAGGAGAGGGGUUAUUUAUGCAUGCUGCAGUUGAAAUGCCUGGAAUUGCAGGGCACAACACUGACAGCCAUAUUUACAUGUAAGCAUGGACAAUAAACAGUUACAUGUAACAGGAACUGGCAUUCUGGAAUUAAAGAAUUAAAAAUGUUAUGCAUUUCA